AUGAAUACGCGCAAUGCUAUUGUGGAAGGCUCCCCUAGUGAUACAGGAAAGUUUCUGAGCGUAAACUUUAACCAAGAUUACUCCUGCUUUAGUUGUUCGACCCAAUAUGGAUUUCAGGUGUAUAACGUUGAUCCACUUGAAUGCAAGCUCUCUAAGCAGUUUGAGAACUCCAAUGCGUCUGGCAUUGCUAGCGCUAAAAUGCUGUAUCGAACAAACUAUCUAGCUCUUGUCGGAGGAGGACGGAAACCUCGCUACCCCCCCAACAAGUUGAUAAUCUGGGAUGAUUUGCAACAACGUGAAUCCAUCACACUGAGUUUCAUGUCUGCAGUUAAAGGUGUGUUCUUAUCGCGGGUGCACAUAGUAGUGGUACUACAAAAUUCACUCGAAAUCUACCAAUUUGGAACAAAUCCUAAACGACUUAUAGCACCCCUAGACACCUGCGCUGGGCCUGCAGCGGAUUUCGUGGUUUGCCAACGAGUAACGCGCAGAUCAUCUCACACACAAGGCUCCUCGGCUGAAAGUGGACUUCAGGCCGUUACACGAGGGGUCCUUGCCUACCCCUCGGUCAGAAAUCCCGGCCAGGUUCAAGUAGCCGACCUAUCCCAUUUACAAUCUAGCGAGGCAGAAGAGACGAGUGCCGCCCAGCUUCCAACUUCCAUAAUAAAAGCACACAAAACACCUAUAAGGCUCAUAAAGUUGAGUCCCAAUGGAUCAAUGGUGGCUACGUGCUCCAUGCAAGGAACUUUGAUUCGUAUCUUCAGCACCCACAAUGGCACUCUGAUUGAAGAGUUUAGACGGGGACUAGAUCGCGCGGAUCUGUAUGAAAUGGUGUGGAGUCCCCGCAGCACCCGUCUGGCGAUUGUGAGCGACAAGCAAACACUGCACAUAUUUCAAGUAACCGAUGAAGAGGGUGAUGUGAAAAAUAAAACCCACGUUUUGAAAGAUGUUCCAUUCUUUUGGAAGCCCAAAUACCUUGGAUCCACUUGGUCGAUGUGUUCUGUCCAUCUGCAUUCUGCCAUGAAGGGUAAGAACUUAAUGAAUGAUCAAGAUCUUUAUAACGACAGGUGCAAAGUAGGCUGGUGUCACGAUGGCGACGAAGAUGCACUGAUCUUGGUUUGGCAGAACAGUGGAAUUUGGGAAAAGUAUGCUCUUUUAGAAAAGGAACCUAAGAACUAUUCAGUUAAUGAAACUUUACAAUCCUCACCCGCAGGCAAUCAAAGAAAAACUUGGGAACUAGUACGGGAGAGCUGGAGAAAACUAUAA